CUUCCGUUUUCACUGACGCUCAGUUCAGAGCCAUGGCGGGCGUUUCAGCUGCAGCGGUCCCGGGAAAGCGGGCGUAAGUACUACUACGGCGGACCCGUCCGUGCUCUGCUGGGCCCUGGUGGCGGAGGAUGCGCCGCGCGAAAGAUUGCUAAGGCUCAGCUAUCAAAUAGAACAUCAUGUCUGCUCAAGGAGCAAAAGGAUCAGUCCAGAAAUCAAAGCAAAUUGCUGUAAAGACAUCUUUAAAUAGCCCAUAUGCCCUCCAGUGGAGCAUCUUGGAUGGAACAGAUAUGCACUUCAUACUGGAGACCUUGGAAGAUGUUAUGAAACAGGUUGGACUUAAAAAGAUAGAGUUUCGGAGGAAGAAAAAACCCUCUUUAUCAAAAAAGCAAGAUAAAGAAUGGCAGGCAGGUUCCAGCAAAGCUCCAGAGAAAAAUGAAACAGAAGACACCAUAGCGCACGGGUGGACUGAUUUGAGCAUCAGAGGCCAACUUGCUAUUGGGAUCAAUGAAGUAACCAGAGCUUUGGAAAAAAAUGAACUCCUCCUAGUUCUGGUGUGUAAGUCUGCCAAACCUGCCAUGAUCACAUCACACCUUAUUCUGCUCAGUGCAAGUCGAGCCAUCCCCGCCUGUCAGGUUCCCCGCCUCAGUGAAAGACUAGCACCAGCUCUUGGGUUAACAUCAGUCCUAGCCCUGGGAUUUAAACGGAGCACUGAUGCUUUUGCAGAAGUGACUGAAGCAAUCAUCCCACGAAUCCCUCACUUGGAUGUGCCAUGGAUACAGCAUGGAACUGAACAGCCCCCUGUGAGUGAAGAUCUUCAACUCAUGGAUUUGCAGGCUGGUGAGCUCACCCAGUCGGAACCCGGAGAGUGCGCUUCCAGCCCCAAGCAGAAGAGAACUGACAGCAGCCAGCUUCUCUCUCCAACUGUGACGUUGAAAGCUCUCAAAGUUAAGAAAAUAAUUCCCAACCCAAACAGGAGAAGAAAACUUCCCAAAACUAAAAAACGAAUUCAAAGUAACUGAUUAGAUUGACUUAGCCCUUAGAGUGUGUGUGAAUGUGUCCAUAUUUAAUAUAUAUAUACACAUAUACCUAGAUCUAAGUCUUCAUAAACUACAACCAACAUUUGAAGCACCUUGUAAACGAGGUUUUACCUGCUCCCCUUUUAUGCCACUACCUCCUACCCCCUUCAGAAAUGGUACAGGGAGCUGAAGCUGGAGGAGAAGAAUCGGGAAAUUUUAAAUCCCCCCCCCAAAAAAGUGUUUGGGGAUCACCAUAAGUAAGGACAAUCUGUCCAGCCAGUGUUAUAAUAAAUACUUAGCAGGCUCAC